AUGGACAGCCUCCACAACGACUUCUUCUUUGAGAAGACUGACACUGAGCCGUUUUUGGACUUUAUGGAGCACGGCGGCGAUGGUGCAGAUAAGAACAACGCUGUCAGUGUAGAUGUGAACGCCAACAAUCUAGCUCCAGAGGCCACAGUAGGUCAUAAGAAUAACAUGAGUUUUGGAGAGGAGAGGCCACCGGUAAAUGAUAUGCAAGGCAAUGACGAAAGUUUCAAUAUGGGGGUCAAUUUGAUGAAUAUGAAUAUGAAUAUGGAAAUGAACAUGGUAGUGCCUUCGUCUCUGAAUAACAAUGCAAAUAUGAACAGUAUAUCUCCAGUGAAUAUGAGUGAUCUAGGUAUGUAUUUGAAUAGCGUGCAUGACGUUUCUUUUGGGCUAGGCGAUCAGAACGGGAAUAUGAAAUCAGCCUCAAACGUUGAUGGUGGCAUUAACAUUGAGAACACUCAUGAAUCGAACACAAUGUCUAUGAAGGACAUCCAUUUUUCUCAAAAUUAUACGGAUUCAAAGGGGGGACAGAAAGACAAAACUGGAAGCUUUGGUUUGGAUUGCAAUAACAACCCGAGUAAUAACCAGAAUAAUAAUGAAGCUAAAGAAAGUAAUAAUGGUAUUACACCAUUUGCUUCAAAAUCUUCUCCGAGAAAAUCAAUUGAUAAAAGGAGAUCCAGCAUCGAGGAUUCCACAAGCCAGCAAAAGAGAAGUAGGGCGUCGGGGGAAAUGCUUGAUUAUUUGAUGUCUGAAUUUGCUAAACAUCCAAAUCCUUCCGCCCAAACACGUAAGGAAAUUUCAGUCAAGACCGGAAUGCCUGAACGUUCAGUCAGAAUCUGGUUUCAGAAUAGGAGGGCAAAGGCAAGAAAAAUGGUUAAAUUGAACCAAAAGGAUCCUCAAAAUAGCCAGUUGAUUCAACACAUGGGCCAAAAUCUCAAUUCAAAUCUGGGGACCGAAACUCAAAAUAUUUCUAGUCGAAGCUCAUUUUCAAAUAUAUCCCCAUUAGAUGGGCCUCGAAAUUAUCCUGAUAACCCGGGAAGCAAUCCGAUUAACAGCUACGACCAUCAUAAUAAUUCUGAAAAAAAUAAUGACUACAAUAAUCAACAGCAAGAUAUGACAUCCGCACUAAAUAAAAUGAACAACUUGCCAUUAGAAAUCAAGGGUAAAUACUAUCUGAUUGAGUGUAAAGGGCUGUCUGUUGGUACCUGGCAAAGAAUCAGGGCUGGCUAUGUCAAGACCGAUUCGUUAGACAGAUUGAAUAACCUUUCACCAAAGGUAAUCAGUGAAAUCAUGAAAUCAACUGACCUAAUCGUUAUUCUGUCAAAGAAAGAUCAAGAAUUGAACUAUUUUUUCUCGGGAUCUUUUAAUAAUGAACGGGUUUUAUUUAGGAUUUUUUAUCCGGUGAUGAGCAUUUUGAAAUGUUCCUUGCUGAAUCAAACCCAACAGAUGAUAAACAACAGCAACAAUAGAAAUAAGAAUAACAACCAAGAAAACAAUAAUCUCCAGCAGCAAUUUGAACCAAACGGAUCUGAACUUCAUUUGGAGCUAGGUGCUAGCCCACAGUUUGCAGUUCAUCUCUUUUCAGCAAACUCUGCGAAUUCCAAUCAGUGGUCAAUAUGUGAAGAUUUUAGCGAAGGCCAACAGGUUGCCAAUGCCUUUAUGGGACCCGGUGGCACAGGCCAGCCCCAUAUUCUAAAUGAUGAUAUUGGUAGAUUGACUUAUCUAAAUACCUUGAUUGCCGCAAUGAAGAAAAACACAAAAGCAGAAGAGCAAACAGUUAUUCGAAGCCAGUCAGUUGACUUUGGAACAACCGUCCAGCCCAAUUACAUACCAACAAAUAUGAAUCAUUCCGUUUCUCAGUCUAUGAAUAUGAUAAAUCCGUCCACUUCUCCAAUGAAUAAAUCGACCAAUAAUUCCACACCGGGUAGCGUUAGCUUAAUUCCGAAUUAUACUGGCUUUUCUCAUCAGCCAAGUCAUUUGAGCCUAUCAACUGGAACGUGUGAAGAUUCAAAUGCCAGCCAUAGAAUGAUGAUAAACGAUAAUCUCAUUACAAAUGAUAUUUUGUACGGACUGAAUUCAGAGGAUACGGGAAUGGUAGAUCACAACGAGAAAAUAUUUUUACAUAAUAGCAAUAACCACCUUACUCUGGAUGGUCUCUUCACUCCCGGAGGAGCCGAUAGCGAUUUAGGAGAUUCUAAAGUAGUGUCUAAUGAUCUUGAUUUAUUCAAUCAACGUGAUAAUUCAUUAAAUACGGGGAACAGGGAAAUGAGUAAUCAUAUGGGCGUUAAAGCCACUGAUUCAAUGAAGCAGCAAAAUUCUGAAAUCGAUGAUGCAAUAGGUAUGGAUAUGGGAAUGCAACUGGAAAUCGAAAUGGUUGGGGGAAACAAUCCCAAAUUUAAUACAGAUGAGGACAAACAUAAUGAUAAUAGAAACAAUGGUGAUGAAAAAAAUAUGUCAGAAUUUUUCUUAAACGAUGACCCAAAUAUCGAUGGGUUUGAUGGUCUAGUAAACUACUGA